AUCCCCUGUCCGGAAAAAUAAAAUUCCAAACUUGAGUUACAGGAGCUAAUUCAAAACCCUAGCUAGCCCAAAAGUCACCACCAUGAACCAGAAGAUGAAGACUAACAAUGAGAAGAAGAAAAACAUGGAGUUCGAAUUCUGCAAAGCAUGUAAUUUGAAUCACGAUCAAGGCCAAAACCACAAGUACUUUCCAAACCACAAAAAAUCACUCUCUAAUUUCCUCUCUCGUUUCCAAACCAAACUCGCCGACAUUCGCUUCUUUCUCAAAAACCCUACCAUUCUCCGCCCUGAACUCGCCUCUCGCAAUCGCAUCUGGUGCGUCUUCUGCGAUUUCGAUAUCCACGAAACUGGCAGCUCCUUCGCAUGUGCUAAGGCGAUUAGUCACUUGGCGAGUGAGGAACAUUUGAAGAAAUUGAAGCACUUUAUGUGGAAAUACGGUGGUGGAAUGGAUCGUGUCGAUACUUUUCGGAUUUCGGAAGCUGAUGCAGCUAAGUGGGAGAAGAAGUGUGAAGCUUUGAGGAAUGAUGCGUCAUCAUAUAGUGAUGGAUCACGAGGGAUGCAAGUCAGACCUUCAAAUGAUAUCCGCGAUGAACUCAGCCAUGAAAAUAUAAAUAGCUUUGAGAAUAAUAGUUUGGAUAAUGUUAAUUUGAAUAUUUCAAAUGGUGUUAUGCCUUUACAGUAUUAUACGAAUGAGUAUCAGAUAUCCAAUUCAGGAUUCUCUGCAGCUAGGAAUGCUGGACCAUCCAUGUAUGGUGCUGUAUCCACUUUGCCUGUGGGCGCACGUUCUGCUACAAGUUUAUGCAAUUCAAACGAUACAACGGGUAAUUGGAGUAGCCAACAUUCUGUCCCUUAUAACAGUAUAAACUGUGCAUCUAAUCCUGUAAAUGGAGAGCUGUGCCAGGUUUAUCAGGAUGAGAGAAUUGGACAUGGAGUGAGCAGUUUACAGGAUUUGCAGAAUAUCCCUCAAGUUCCUGCUAUUGCUCCACAAUUGGCUGGAGGCACUCAAGUGCCUGCCUUGACCCCACAAAUGGCUGGAGGAAAUGUGCAUACUGGAGCUCCUCCACCGUGGUUUGAAGGAACUGAUACAAAUCAACUAAAUUUUCAACUAACACUUUCUAAUAAAUCUAUGUCGAUUUCAAAUAAAUCUGGGAAAUCACAUAAAUUGAACCCAAAAAGGGUAGGAGCUGCUUGGGCAGAAAGGAGAAAGAUUGAGAUGGAGAUGGAGAAGAGAGGAGAGGCUGUCAAGAGUGAUUACAAUGCUAACUGGCUUCCCAAUUUUGGUAGAGUUUGGCAGUCUGGGAGCCGAAAGGAGUCUAGAAAAGAAUUUGAGAAGGAGAAACAAAAAUUAUCCAGUGUUGAGAUUGAUACUGAGAUGCCAAUUAUGAUACAGCCAUAUAUCAGCAAACGGAUGAGGAAGGAUGCAGGUAAAUGAUGUCUGCUGUAGGAUCAUCACAAGCUAAAAAUGCUUCUGGUGACUAUCAUGAUGGGAGGGUACUACUGUUCCCGCCUCAACUUUAGAUUUUGGACCUGAAUGUAUAUAUUUUUGCCAAAACAAGGAAUCAUUACAAACUUGAGCCCAGAAAUGGUAAAUCACUUGUUGGGUCCGUCUUGUAAUCAUGGUAAUGUUAGAUGUUGGGGUUGUUGAUGCCCUUUUAGUAUACCUUAAAUUACAUUUCACAGAUCUCUCAUAUCAGACAUCAGAUUCUUUUUUGUUCA